AUGGCGGCUAUAACAAGGUUAGUGAAUUAACAAUAAACCCUUUCAAGAAGUAUUGAUAACAAGCAAAACUUUUAAAACAAAAAAAAUAUAUAUUUUUUAAACAAAACUUUUUUAUUUCAUCGCGAUAUUUUUGAUUGAUAACAAGCAAACCUUUUUUGGUAAAAUAGAUCUAUUAAUGUGCAGCAACAUCUAUUUUUUAUCAGGAAUGACUAUAACGAAAUUCUUACAGUCAUGUUUAAUGAUAGUAGUGAAUCAGAUUCGAGCAGUAGCGAUGAAAAUGAUCUUGAUUUGGUACUGAUUGAUUACAUGUUUCCAAAUAAAAAGCCAAAUGUUCCUUUGUUAAACUUGGAAGACCUUAGCGACUGGCAAUGCGAAAAAAUGUUUAGGCAAGUAUUUCAACUAUUUUUUUAUGAACUUGUAUUCUUGAAAAGAGAACCGACCCAGGGCCAUGAGGAUAGUUUUUAAUAAGAAUUAUAAACAAAUUAAUUUUUCUUCAUGCCAACUUAGAUUUCAUAAGGAUGACAUGCAUCGCCUGCUUUCUGCCUUGAAUAUUCCCUCACACUAUAUUUGCAAUCAACGCACUAAAGCAUCUGGAGUAGAAGCUUUAAUGAUUUUACUUAGAAGGCUAGUUUAUCCAAACAGAUGGUGCGAUUUAGUGGACGUUUUUGGAAGAAGUGAAUCUCAAUUGAGUUUAAUUUCUAACAAGGUACUGUACACAUGUCAUAUUAAAGUUUCAAGUAAUGAUACCGAUUUUACUCAUUAAACCAAUAAUAAAAUGCAUUCUUUUAGAUUUUGGACGAUCUUCAUGAUCGAUUCCGCUAUCUGUUAGAUUCCUUAGACCUAAUUUGGUUUGAUCCCGAGCGCUUUUCUAAUGCAAUUCACAAUAAAGGAGCACCUCUGACUCAGUGCUUUGGGUUUAUUGAUGGCACAGUUAGACCAAUCGCUCGUCCUACCCGAAAUCAGCAAAUAAUGUUUAGUGGACACAAAAGAACUCACUGCAUUAAAUUUCAGGUAUUCGUCAAUUAGAGAUGAUUAUUAGAUUUGUGCAAAUGCGUCAUUUGCUUUGAUUUAGUGCAUGUGGUCACUGAGACUUUAUUAAGAAAUAGGCUAUUAGAUGAUAAAAAAUCAUACUAGUCGUUGUUCAAGCUAAAAAUGCACUUUUGUCCUUAUUAUUCAGUCAGUCCAUGCACCCAAUGGUCUUAUUUUGAACAUGUUUGGACCCAUAGAAGGACGAAGGCACGACGCUUUUAUGCUUGGUGUGAGUGGUAUAAUGGACAAGUUGAGAAGGAUUCAACAACCAAAUGGAGAGCCUUACGUUAUAUAUGGUGAUCCAGCGUAUGGUGUUACUGACAACAUACUGGCUCCAUUCCGUGGUGUCGAUUUAACGGUGGCCCAAAAGGAGUUUAAUAAACGUAUGAGUAAAGUCCGUGUGAGUGUUGAAUGGGGGUUUGGCAAAAUUGCUCAGUAUUUUGCCUUUUUGGACUUCAAGAAAAAUCAGAAAAUCUUACUUCAACCUAUUGCAAAGUAUUAUUUGGUUGGAAGUCUUUUGAUAAACUGUCACACCUGUUUAUAUGGAUCACAAACUAGUUCAUACUUUGAUGUUCAGCCUCCAUCCCUGGAAACCUAUUUGUCAAAUCACUUAUAA